GGAUAUUGCAGAGGAAAUUUAUCAGGGGUUGCGAAAGAAAGAAAGAAAGAAAGAAAGAAAGAAAGAAAGAAAGAAAGAAAGAAAGAAAAGAUUAAAUGUUGUAUGGAAAGGUUGUCAUCUCUGCAGCACAGUUAUAAUUAUCAGAGAGGGUCGAAACCAGUUCCACAGACAGGCGCUUGAAAAGAAAAGAAACCCUCUCCCUGGGCAGGUGCUCUUCUCUUCCUCCCGGCGCAUCGGGGAGUGAGAGCAGCAGUUCCGCUCUUUCUGCUUUGGGAGGGGAAGGAGGAGGCGUGUCCCUUCGCUGCCGCCUCUGCCCUCACGCCGAGGAGCCGCUGUGUCUCUCUGCCUCCGAGCUGCGGUGCCAGAGGCGCACUGCACAGGGAGCGCCGGCGCGACGCCUCGAGGGCUGCCGAGUCCGGGGGCUCUCCCUCCAAACUUCGCGGGACUUCCCCUCGCCUGCCCAACCAUGCCCUCCGCGUCUGCCGCGCUCCUUCAGCUCGACGCUGGCUGCAAGACCAGCAGCAGCGCCUCUCGCCAGCCAGCCCCGGUGGCUUCGGUAGCCGCGGCGCGAGGCAGGCGCACGGACUCGCCCGCCGCUCCGCGCUGAAGGCUGCCGCGCGGGCUUUCCCCGGGCGCCAAGACUCAGGGGGAGGGGGUUUCGAGGGGGCGCACGGCGCGCGCGCUCGGCUCUCUGACGGGACGGUGGAGAGCCGUCGCCGCCCUGCUCUCAGGAGGGACUCAGUCGGGAGCCAUAGUCAUUGCCUCGUCCAGCGAGAAGGGGACGGAGAGGGCUGAAGAAGACGGCAAAUAAGCGCGAGAGCCGCCAAAGGCGCCAGUUUGAGUCUGAGCAAGAGGCGGGCGGCGGCAAGGGUGGGCAACCGCACCCCGCCCUCCCCGCAGCCCGAGCCGCCGCUUCCCGCUCGCGCCCUUCUCCUCUUUCCUCCCCCCGAGCCAUGAACUUUGGCCGGGGGGUCCCGUCGGUGGUGGUGUUGAACGUGGGGGGCACCAAGUACUCCUUCUCUCGGGAGGUGCUGAAGGACUUUCCCCUGCGCCGGGUGAGCCGCUUGCACGGCUGCCUGUCGGAGCAGGACGUGCUGGAGGUCUGCGACGACUACGACCGCGAGCGCAACGAGUACUUCUUCGACCGGCACUCGGAAGCCUUCGGCUUCAUCAUGCUCUACGUGCGCUACGGCCACCUGCGCUUCGUGCCCCACAUGUGCGAGCUCUCCUUCUACAACGAGAUGAUCUACUGGGGCCUGGAGUGCUCCCACCUCGACUACUGCUGCCAGCGCCGCCUCGACGACCGCAUGUCCGACACUUACACCUUCUACUCGGCGGAAGACCUCCAGGCGGCCGAGCCCGCGGGAGGCUGGAGCGGGAGCAGCAGCAGUAGCAGCAGCUGCCACCAGAGCCGAGCAACAGCAGGAGGAGGAGGAGGAGGAGGGACCGACCAGGGCAGCAGCCCCGCAGCGCCCCCGGCUGGAGCCGAGGAGAAGAAAUGGCUGGAGAGGAUGAGGAGGACUUUCGAGGAGCCCACCUCUUCCUUAGCCGCCCAGAUCCUGGCCACGGUCUCCAUCCUCUUUGUCAUCGUCUCCAUGGUGGUGCUGUGCGCCAGCACCAUGCCCGAGUGGCGGGCGGCGGAGAACCGAAGCCUGGAGGAGCACAGCAGGUACACAGCAGACUCAUUGAGGGAGCCUUCAGGGAUAAUAGAAGCCAUCUGCAUAGGCUGGUUCACUGCAGAAUGCAUUGUGAGGUUCAUCGUCUCCAAAAACAAGUGUGAGUUUGUCAAGAGACCCCUGAACAUCAUUGACUUGCUGGCAAUAACUCCCUACUACAUCUCUGUGCUGAUGACAGUUUUUACAGGGGAGAAUUCUCAGCUCCAGAGAGCUGGAGUCACCUUGAGGGUCCUGAGAAUGAUGAGGAUUUUUUGGGUGAUUAAGCUUGCCCGUCACUUCAUUGGCCUUCAGACACUUGGCCUGACUUUAAAGCGAUGCUAUAGGGAGAUGGUAAUGUUGCUCGUCUUUGUUUGUGUUGCUAUGGCAAUUUUCAGUGCACUCUCCCAGCUCCUUGAACAUGGGCUGAACUUGGGAGAACCAAAUGAGGGCUAUGCCAGCAUCCCGGCUGCCUGCUGGUGGGUGAUCAUCUCUAUGACCACUGUUGGUUACGGUGAUGUAUGUCCCGUCACUAUACCUGGGAGGAUUCUUGGAGGGAUUUGUGUGGUCAGUGGGAUUGUUUUGCUGGCCCUGCCUAUUACUUUCAUCUAUCACAGCUUUGUGCAAUGUUACCAUGAGCUCAGGUUCCGGUCUGCUAGGUACAGCAGGAGCCUCUCUGCUGAAUUCUUAAAUUAAUGAAUAGCACAAAUCCAUUUCAUCAUAGCAAUUACGUUUUGCAACUUUUCGGUGAAAGCAACUGACAGGAUAUUCCUUGUUCCUUCCGUUCUUGGUGACUGGUGAAUUGAGGAGCAACGUCUCGUGCCCAUAGGAGAAGACUUUUCCUGUCUCUACCUGAAGGAUAUCUGCUUACUUUUUGCCCUGUAGUAACUGAAAUUCACAAGGAUGCAAAAUUAAAGUCUUCAUUUUCUCAAUUUCAAGAGGUUCCUACUCUUGUGGAUUUGCAGGUGGUAUAUCCAAUUCGGGUGACUCGCACAUCUUUCCAAUAAUACCCUAGUUUUCAAAACUUUUUUUAAAAUGCUGAUUUUAACUUCCAGGUAUAUUUUCAGGAAUAUGUUUUACACACUUCAGCCACAAUCUAGAGACCCCAAGUGGUUAUCUCUUUGAACCAGAGAUGCGUGGGGGAGGUUGUUUGUUUUUAAAUUCAUAUUGCAUGGCAAGCCACUCUUGAAAUUUUGUGGGGAGGGUUUGCAAAAACAGUAUAGGGAGGGAAUGCUUCUGUUCCAGAAAAAGUCAACAAUCCCACAAACUAUGAGUAAUUCCCUGGGCAUGCCCAAAGAUGCAAUCUCUGGAUUGUAGUCCUUGUACGUACAUUAUGGGUUAUCGUCAAUCCUGGAAGCUUGUCAGGAAUGGCCUCCUGUCUCCUCUGAGAAGCACUUUUAUUUUAUUUUAUUUUAACAUUUAUAUCCCGCUCUUGCUCCAAGGAGCCUGGAGCAGUGUGCAUAGUUGUGUUUAUCCUCACAACAACCCUGUGAGUUAGGUUGUCAUAUUGUCACUUCCUUCACCAAAAGCAAUAUUUUAAGACAAAACCAAAGUGCUUCAAAAAAAUUGGAAAAACCUCUGUUUGACCAGAGACAUUACUGAGACAACGAAAUGAAAUGAGUAUGCACCCACAACAAAUGAUCCUUCUGUCAUACCAGUUCCAGCUCUCCCCUUGAGAGGUGCUUGCUUUUCUCCAUUAGCCAAGUGUAAAACAUGAAUCAUGGCCUCCUCUUAACAUCAGAACCCCUUACAAAAGUGGCUUUCAAACAGUGAUCUGGACAAUAAUCAAAGUUCAUAGAUGACCACAUCAGAAAUGGCAGAUAAGCAAAGACAAAAGCCCUAUUCAGAUAUUAUGUUGUACAUGUGUGCAGAUAACUGUACACAUCUAUGUGCUUUUGUGUGAAUGACUGCACAUGCAUUCACUUUAAAAGCUUGCUGAUGUACAGGCUCCCUCAAACACAGGGUAGGUUGCAAGCAGUGUCCCCGUAACAGGGAUUCUCAGAUGUUUGACUACAGCUCUCAUAAUUCCCAGCCAAAGGCCAUUGCAGCUGGGAAUGCUGCGAGUUGUAGUCAACAACGACUGGGAAUCCCUGUUACAGGGAACACUGGUUGGACGUGUACUACGGGGCAUGUGCUCAACAUAUUGUAUGCAUAAUCUGGAUGUGCGUAUGCUGUACACAGAUUGUAUGCGUGUUGAACAUAAGAUAUGAAUAGGGCUAGCUUUGCUGCCAAUAUUUUCUUGCAGUGUGCAGCCACAGGUAGGGAUGUGCACAAAAUGGUUCGAAUCUGGACUGGAUUCGAACCGACAUGGCAUGGCUUGGUUUUGGUGCCGGUCGAGCCGGAACUGGUCCAGCUCGACCACCAAACUCAUACAGAGUUAUACUGGUAAAAAGGAAUCCGGAGAGAAUUCCUCUUUACCAGUACAAAGGCAGGGGGGCUGUCCUAAGUAUAGAGUGGGUGGGAGGAGAGUAAAUCUGUACUCACAAGUACAGGCAGUGCCCCCCCCCGCUCCUCACUGGCUUCUCCCUUGAGUAGCCAGGGCCAGCGACAGCUCAGUUUGGGCCUCUGCGCACGUGUGGAGGCCAUAUUAGUGACUUCUGUGCAUGCUCAAAGGCCAUUUGUGUGGUCAUGUAAAUGGCCUUUAUGCAUGCAGAGGUUACUAAUAUGGCCUCCACAUGUGUGUAGAGGCCUGAACCGGGCCUCCACCGGCCCUGGAUAUUUGGGGGGGGGGCGCUUCUAUUUGUGAGUACAGAUUUACUCUCCUCCUGUCCCCUCUAUACUUAGGACAGCCCCCCGGCCCUGUGCUGGUAAAGGGGAAUUGUCACCAGAUUCUCCUUUACCAGUAUAGCUCCGAACCGGUUUGGUAGUUGAGCCAAGCCUGGUUGGUUCGUAAAUGUGGUCACACAAAUGGCCUUUGCACAUGCACAGAGGUCAGUAAUAUGGCCUCCGCCGACCCUGAAUAUUCCGGGGGAGGCCAGCAGAGGUGGUGGGGAGCCACUGCCACCCCUCUUCCAUGGCUGCCUCAGCCACCACUUGUGAGUACAGAUUUAUCCCCUCCCAUCCCCUUUAUACUUAUGACAGCCCCCUGCUUCGAACUGGGCUCAGUUCAGUUUGAACUCGGACCAGCCGAGGCUGGUCUGGUUCAACCCCCAGCCCAUCAAACCGGGAUGCUGUGAGGUUAAGCCAGGCUCGAAUCGAGUUGGCUCACACACCCUUAGCCACAGGGAAUUGGUGAGGGCAGAAGGGGGCAAAUUCUCCAUUCAUGUAGAGUGAAUUGGCUUAAUGGACCUAGCCAUGUCCCUGUGAAUUUCUCCAUAGAGUACUCCCCAGUUUCCUCCCUUGAUACACAGAGACUUCUUGGCAGAUGUGUCAGUACACAGAGUUUCCUGUAUAUAGAAUGUUUGAAAACCAUUGCCUUACAAAUGCUUGAGUCACUGGCUAAAGUAAUCUUAAUCAUCUAUUUGCAUGUAAAAACCAGACCACUACUGGUAGAUUGUUGUUUGAGUCUCUCUCCUCUUGUCCCCAAAGGAUUUAAGAGCAGGAGUUGACCUGUUGCUGCAUUUAAUUCUGACCCUUCCCCAUGCCCCCAAGGCCAUCCAACUGAGGGUAUAAUCUGUUGUCUGUUAAAGCCAAGUAAAUCUGUAUUAACAAAAGUGGGGUCAGUAUUGCUACCAAAUUCCAGAUUUACAACAGAGAUGAACAUUUGUCCUUAUUUGUCUUCUGCCAUAUGUUUUCUGUGGCACCAGCCUUUGCCUUUUCUGAAAAUAGCUUUCAAACUCUAAAAACUUUACUUGGGAAUAAGUCUGAUUGAUGUGAUGGAACUUUUUUCCAGUUAAGUAUGUUAGGAUCAGUGAGAAAAAAAAAUUAUGGGAGGGAACCUCUAUUAAAUUUUAUAUAAAGAGCAGAGCAAAAUUUGGUUGCUGAGAAGGGGAUUGAUGAUUUUAGUGGGGACUCACUGUGUGAGUUACAACUGAGCAUGAGUUAUGUUGCCAUCUCAGUUCCAUCAGUAUGAUGGCAUUUAUUCAAAAGCCUUGAAUGUACAGUUUGAUUGUUCAGAAUGAAUGUACAAUCACAUGCAGUUGCCAGAACGGUGUAGUGGAUAAAGUGUAAGAAUUGCGUUCAAAUUCCAUUCUCAGCUAUAAAAGUCAGUGGGUGAUUCUGGGCAAGUAUAAACUGGACAGCAAAUGUGAUCAACAAAUAGGCCUAGGGAAACCAUGGGAGUCUGAAAUGUUGAAAAAGCGGGAUGCUCAUAGCAUAUGCUUUGCAUUGAAAAUGGUUCCAGGUUCAGUCCCUGACAUCUCCAGGUAGGGCUGGGAAAGACUCCUGCCUGAAACCCUGGAGAGCAGCUGCCAGUCAGUGUAGACCAGGGAUUCUCAACCUUGGGUCCCCAGAUGUUAUUGGACUUCAAAACCCAUAAUCCCCAGUCCCAGUGGCCUUUGGUUGGGGAUUAUGGGAGUUAAAGUCCAAUAACAUCUGUGGACCCAACAUUGAGAAUCCCAUGUGUAGGUGAUACUGAGCUAGAUUAUAGAUAGAGCAGUGGUCUGAGUCUAUAUAAGACAGCUUCCUAUGUUCCUAUGGAAAUGCUCCAGGUAAAAUGUUGCAGAGAAGUAAGGCAGUAGGGAAAUAGUUCUGCAAAGUACAAAUGUUCUAAUCUAACCACAAGAAGUAAGUAACUUUGGUUACUAAUAACAAGUAACCAAAAUUCUCUGGCUCAGGGGUAGGCAACCUUAGCUGUCCAACUGUUAUUGAACUUCAACACUCAUCAUCCCCAGCCACAAUAAAUUGUGGCUGGGAAUGAUGGGAGUUGUAGUUCAACAUCUGCUGGAGAUCCAAGCUUGCCUACCCCUGCUCUAACGUCUAAUCAUUUUGCUGAAGCCAGUCACACCUCUCUGCAACCAGGAACAGUAACAUUUUGCCCCUUCAAAAAAUUGAGACACGUUGGAUUACAUUUUACUGAAACUCACCAUUAGCUAUGCUUCAUGAUGCUGGCAUAUUCUGAGACAUAUUCUAUAUAUCACAAUCAAAUGGGAUUUGUUAUCUCUGUGUUAGAUGAUAAUCCUUAUUGAAGGAAGCCAUUGCAGACUGAUUUAUUUUAAUGUAUUUUAUUGACUGAACAAAUGAAACUAAAACACAGCUCCACUGAUAUGGAAAAAGGAGCUCUCUAGCUGAAUGUAAGUUGUGCUAUGUGAAAAGCAUUAUGUACUCUCUUGUAAAUGUAGAACAAGAAUAAAAGAAUUAUUGUUCUUAUAUAGUACUGCUCACUGGCAUCAUGAUUAUGACUUGGAUAAGCUUUCACAAAAAUCUAUGCUGCUAAACAUUAAAUGUAGUUACAGUGAAGCCAGUUCUGACUGCUGACAGACAUUGUUGACAUGAAACCUUUUUUUGUUUUAUAGGGACUCAGAAUCUUCUAUAUAUUUGCAUUUCAUGUGUUCACCUUAUUUUUUAAUUUUUAUUUUUAAAGGCAAAAAAUAUGGCCCCCCCAAAUGGCAAAAUGUUUAUGGUAAAUAUGUAUUGGAGCAUUUCUUGUUUGUAUGCAUUUCCAUUUUUUAAGAAUGUGAGGAGAGAAUGCCUGGCAUCUGGAAGCUGUUUUUAAAAUUAUAUUAUUUACAUCCUCGUUACUCAAGACAGCUUUCUGUCAUGAUCAUCUCAAGCACAGUUCUACCGUGUGUCUCAGUUGUGUAGCCCCAGCAAGAGAGCUGGUCUUGUGGCAGGGAACAUGAAUUGUUCUUGUUGCUAAGCAGAGUCUGCCCGGGUGUGCAUUUGAAUGGGAGACUACAUGUGAGCACUGUAACAUGGAUGGUGCCCGCUCUGGGUAAGAGCAAAAGGUUCCAGGUUCCCUCCCUGGCAUCUCCAAAUAGGGCUGAGAGAGACUUCGGCCUGUAACUUUGAGAAGCCGCUGUCAGUCUCUGUAGACAGUAUCGAGCUAGAUGGAUCUAUGCUCUGACUCAGUAUUUGGCAGCUUUUAAUGUUCCAAUUAUGCCCUACAUAAUUAACUCCAGAAGAAACUGUAUGUGUCUGUGUGCACAUCCAUGCACAACUGUAGUACUUGCUUACAUAUGGAAAAUUAAAAUGAUGUGCAAAAUAAAGGGAAUCAAGGGUCCUGAUCAGUCACCAGAGAACACAGGGAAGUUUCACAUGUGAGGGGGUGAGUGAACCCAUGUGUGCCCAAACAGUAGAUAGCAUAAUAAGCUCUGAAGGGGCCUGAGAGCAAGAACUGAACAUGGAUCAUUUAUGUUCCAUUGGAUAAUUUCCCCAUAGGGAUCAGUGGGGAGCUCAAAAAUAUUAAUACCUCCCAAAUGGCUGGGCAGAAGCCCCGAAAUUUCUCAAGGAUUUGAUGGUAGCAUCAAUUGUGUUUAAAACUCUUUUAAAAAAAUUAAUUAAAUAUUAAUGGGUGGACUGAGCUCCUUGAAGAUCCACACAAUUAAUGCUACCAUCAUGUAGGAGCUCCAUGUGAAAUUUUAGAGCUUUCUGCACAGCCAUUUGGGAGGUAUUAAUAUUUUAAAGUUCCCCAUUGAUCCCUAUGGGGAAAUUAUGAUUUAAGGUGAAAAUCUGGGUACAGCUCCCUCUAGUAGCUACCUGUGUUCAUUGCACACAUUUGCUCAAUAGUAGAUCCAUCCCUCACUAGAUAAGGCCAUCCAUGUUACUGGACCACAUUCAGUAGCCAUAUUCAAACCAUAUUCUGUUCUAAGUGUGAGCUGUUUACAAGCACCAAAGUAACUGCUCUAAUAAGAUGAGUGCUCGUGGAUGCUCAGUGACCACUGUAGUAGCUUUGAGACUCAUGUGCCUGCAUCCCCCAAAAUAAAUUUACCUAAACAUUGUCUAUGUAAUCAUUUUAAAAAGAAAAAUCAUAUUUAUUCAACAUCUACAGGCAUACUGGACAAGCAAUUUUGAAACCUUUUUGAAGGCAAACUCUUGCUCAUAAUCACUAUUAUGCAGCCCUAAUAAUCAAUGCUUAAAGCUUUAAUAAUGGGGCUUACUCAAGAUUUGCCCAGAGUUAGAAACCUCCUAAAGUUACAGAGGCAUUUGUGCUCUUAAGAGCUUGCAUGUCAGCAAUGUGUGGCUUUCCCCAUCACUUCUCUCCAUGAUGGAAAGAACUGCUCUUCUCCAGUUUUCUUCUUGUUGAGCAACUGUUAAGAGCCUUUUCUGGGAAAGGAUUGGCAAUUCAACAUCCAGUUGCCUGGAAAGAAACUGAUAACUAAUACAGAAGACUACUUGUGAAAUGGACACCGUGACUGGGUAUAAUAUAUUGUGUCCUGUUCUCUCUCAGUGUUCAGUCAUUCAGCAACAUACUCAUUAUAUGAACAAAAGAAACAAAUGCAGGAGUCUGUUUUUAAAACUUAGUGAAAAAUACAUACGAACUCAAAGCUCUCAUACAUAGUACCGUGCAGUACAGUGUGAUCAUGUUGAUACACUUUUCUCCGUCUUCUAGUUUUUUAAUGUUGAGUUUUCUGACCCUUCUGCCUGGGUCAGAAGGGGAGUUUGUAGUUUUCAGUUUUGCUGAGUCCAGCCCAUGCCCAAUAUCUGAACAAAUGAAAAAUGACAUCAAAUAGCAACCUAGAUAAAUUUAAUAGUCCCUUCAUCCCCUUGGAUUUAAGAUACAUCUUAACGCUUUUGUAUCAUUAGUAUCAACAGGAGUUAAGCAGGCAUGCAUGUGUAUACCCAUAAAAGUGCUUAACAUUAGUUUCUGGGCACAAUAAAGUUCUGGUUUUGACCUUUAAAGCCCUGAAUGAUCAGCUGUGUGAUCCCUGAAGAAGCUCCUCUUUUGAUAUAUGAUCCCUCCAUGCCUUGAGAGAUCUGAAAAGGACCUGCCAUAGGUUCCCUUCCAUUCAAAGCUUUUACCAAAACCAGGAUUGUCAUAGAAACAUUACAUUUUAGAGUUGGAAAGAAAGUCUAAUCCAGCCUCCUGCUCAAGAAACUGCUUCAGCAUCCCUCACAGUUGGCCAUCCAGCCUCUGUCUGAAAACCUCUUACAAAGGAGAUCCCUGCACGAAGCAGAUCUGUGGUGGCUGCUUUCCCUGAAUCUCCUUCUCAAGGGAGAUUCAACUGGCCACUUUUAAAAAGAAAAUUGAAAAGGGUCAAGGCAUUCUUUGCUAGGAAGGCUUUAACAAGAUUUUAAAAGACUGGUGAAAACAAAAUGUUUUCUUGUCCUCCUAAAAGGAUCAGUAGAGCAGAUUUACCUCCAGUGUGUCUUGUACCAUGGAAAUUUCCUGGUAGAUUGUGUCUGUUGUUUUAUAAAGAAAUUUAGAAUAGAGGGUACAACAGAAUUCUUCUGUACUAGAGCCACUGAAGGCAAAUGGGACCCAUCCAAGAGUAUCUUCAGCACAAAUUUCAUUAUUUAAAGAGCUCUCAGCAUUUGACAUUCUCCGUGGAACAUGCUUGUAGUUUUUACAAAUCCAUUAUAAGGAAUAUGAUGCGCUAUUUACCUACCAGAAUGUUUAUUUAAUGUAUACUAAUAGUACGUAUGUUAUACCUAAAAAUGCAGUUGCAUUGCAGAAUGUAAAAUUGCUUACUUGUCUUUAUUUUGUUUUUGUAUUACAAUAAAUUAUUUUGAAUAGGA